AUUGCAUUACUUCCCUUACUGAGAGUAGCACGUGUGGAUGAUUUCAUUCCUGUCAAAAUGGGUAAAGCUGCAAAAUCAAAACGAAAGGGAGAGAAUAAGGUUAAAAUGAUGGUUGUUCCGUGGAGAGACAAAGAAGAAUUUCGGCAAGUGUAUGCUGGUGUAUUUUCUGAGGAUCUAGAGCCCAAGCAGAGAGCAAUGGCGAAGAUGACUACAUGGCAAAGCAGGGCGCUUAAUAAGUUGCCAAUUGCUAUUGAAAGUACCAUGGCAUUGUGUAGAGCAUGCAUCUCUCAUCAGCUUGCCAUGCAAGAAGGAACCGUCCACGAAAAUCACUUAAAGCUGGUGUAUGAAUACAGCAUGGGUAUUAUUAGAUUUGUAAACAACAUAACAGAACUAGGGCAGACUGGGAGAGUUAGAAUGGCAGUCCACACUAUAGCUGGAAAUUUUGGUAUCCCUAACUGGAUCGUGGAGAUGAGACACAGUGCCACACAUAGAACCAUGCCUUCCCUGUCAGAGCUUACCGCCGGCACAGACUGGGUGUUAGAGUGGCUCAAGGAGGAUUUCUGGGAUGCACAGUUAAAAAUCAUGGAGACGAUCAAACCUAAAAAAUCAUUUGAUUUGGAAGAAGACAGGGAAUUUGUGGACAACAUUAUCAAAAAAUACAUGGCAGAUACUCUCAAAGCCAUCAGAACAGGAGAUAAAAGUGUCAAUUGUUACAGUGAUUUACUCAGACUACUAGAGCGACAUAAGUCCAGGAUGCUGUGUUGCAUAUUCAAGAAGGGUCACUUCAUACCAACUAAUGCACAAUUAAGAGAGUUAAACAUUAACAAAAGGGAGCUAAUGAGGUCACCCCAAUUAAAGAUACCUGACAUCUUGGGGCGACUGUGGGGCCCAUUACUGAACAUCUUACACAGAAUGAAAUUGACCUCUGCCCUGGUACAGUUGAUGGUUACCAUGGUAACCGACACAGAAAACUUCCAGAAUUUCUUUUUAUGUAGUUGGUUACAAAGGAUCAUCAGUUCUAACUCCAUGAGCGGAAAUUAUGAAGAACGAAAUCUGAAAGCAAGCAAAAGGAAGCUUUAUAAAUACAGGCGACACAUUCCUCAUAGACUACUCCUGGAAAAACUACUGCGACAGCCCAGCAUCUACACACAAGUCAUCAUCAAACUAUUACUCCCCCUACAAACUCCAGCCAUUACCCCAGCAACCAAGAAGAAAAUUUACAAAAUUUUAGAUGUCGUUUGUGGAAAAUCUUCACAGAAUGAUUUAUUAAGUGAAAAUGCAACACCAAUUCAUUCCAUUAUAGAUGUUGACAAGUCUGUGAUAGGCUCUGAGGGUGAGGAGAGUUUAGCCCCGGGCGGAGAUUUUCAGCAUCAGGCCCAGCGGUUUAAUCAGUCUCCGUGGACCAGAGAUCAAGAUAUCCUGAACUGGGAGCGGAUUCCCCUGGGGUCUCUGGAUAUGGUCCAAGGGCAGAUAACUCCCAUCUCUGGUGAUGAAUCUCAGGAGGAGAAUCCAGAUGAGGAAGAUUUUCCAGAUAAAGAUGACUUAUAUCCUGAUCCUUAUGGCGUGAAAUUCAAGCAAUACAUGGAAACAUCAAAUGAGGAGGAGAAUGGUCUUCAAAAUAAAAGCAAGAUAUGGACGGAUGAAGACAUCAACAUAAUUAAACAAACAAUGGACCUGAUUUAGAAUUUGUCAAAUUCAGAAAUGUUUUAAUUUUCUGAAUGUCAUUCCAAUGAUGCAAAAGUGUUCCUAUAACUGUUUAAUGCCUGCCUGCUAGCAGAGGGUCUGUGCCAUUUUAUUUUCCAGGUUAUAUUAUCUUUGUUUAUAAUAAUGAUAACAUGACAUGAAAAUUGUCCAUAAAAAAUUGUUUAGAUGUUAAAAUCAUGUUGUUAAGAGUCUUUAUUACUUUUUUUCAUCAUUUAUAUGACAUAUCUUUACUCUCUCAAGUUGUUCCUCUCAAUAUAUGUAUGUAGGAAUCCAAAGUGCAAUGGUCUGCACCCUACCCCGUUGUUCUGACACACCUGGUCCACAGUCCGAUGGUGCCAAAAAACAAAUGACGUUUGUAAUGUCAUAGUACCCCUGCACAAAAUUGUGAUCCUGCACCAAUAUGA